AUGCAGCCAUGCUGCCGAGUGGCGGUCGGCGUGCUGCUGGUGGGCGUGCUGGCGGCCUUCCCGCAGGCUUCUCUGGCGCACCGCCUGCUCUCAGACAGCACCGCCCUGACGGCGCGCCAGCCCGCCCCCGUCACUGACACUGCCAGCGGCAAUUUGACGCCCAUUGCCGGCAGCGAUACAGCUCCAGGUGCCCUCAGCUUGGUGCCAGGCGCCGCGUAUCGCGUCGUCAACGGCGCCACGCCUAGAAAGCAGAGGUUUAAAUACCAGCUGGGCUUCCGUCCCCGCACGUCCAACGGCGGCAGCAGCAUGUGCGGCGCCAGCCUCAUCCGCGCUGACGUCGCCCUGACGGCCGCGCACUGCCUGCCUUCCAGCAUCGACGCCGCCGCGGUAGACGAGAUGCGGAUCUACGCAGGCGGCAUCAUCAACUGGCUGAGCCCAGACACCGACGCGACAGAGUACCGCGUGCGGGGCGCGGUGCGCCACCCGGCCUACAGCCCCAAGAACAGCCGCAACGACAUUGCCCUCGUGUUCCUCGACCAAUGUGUGGCGCUGGGGCCCGCGGUGCAGCCCAUCAAAAUCGCCACACCAGAGGAGUUUGCGGCCGCCAAGGGCAGCACCUGGAUGGUGUCGGGCUGGGGCACGACGGACUACGGCGCGGACCCGACCCUGGGGCAGGACGGGGCGCUCCCGAAGCUGCUGCAGUUUGCUCACGUGAAGUACGUGCAGCCGUCUGUGUGCGAGUCGGCGCUCUCGGAGGCGGGGGGCCCGCGGUUUGGAUCGUCGGUGUUCGACGAGAACACGGCCAUGUG